GAUUCACUCACCACGCGUGUUUACGAUCGGGUUUGCGAGGGGACAACCCUAGCCGGUCUGUAAUUCGAUACCUCGCUCGUCAGAAUUCCCUCCGUAGAAUUCUGCUGACGACUGUGCCGACUGACAGCGAGAGAGUAUUACCGAAACCGCAUGCGGAAUGGCCAGUGCGGCCGGUAUCAUCAACCAUCGGCGCACCAUUCGCCAGGCCAGCCUGAAGUCGGCCGCAAGCGCCAUGGACAUUCUGAUGAGCAUGGGCUUUCCCAAGCAUAGAGUAGAAAAGGCUUUAGCAGCCACGGGCCAUCAGGACAUCCAACUUGCAUCCGACUGGCUACUGGACCAUGUGGAUGAUCCCAUGUUGGACGAGAAUGUCCCUCGGGAGUACGUGCUGUACGCCUGCCCAGUGGGACCGUUGGGGGAGUCCUUGGAUGAGUUCUGGACCAAUUCCCUGCAGCACUGCGGGCGGAACGGGGCCCACAGUCUCCUGCCCCACGUCACGUUAUGCUCUUUCUUUCCUUGCGAGGAUAGCAAGGUGGAGAUGCUGACGGUGGCCUUGCUGGAGGCUGUGGAGUCCCUGGAGGACAAGGCCCCCGAGACCGUCAGUUUGGAGCACUACUCCUCGGCCAACUUCAUUGGUCUGUUUGUGGAGGAGACGCACGCCGAAUUCAUGCGAAUACUGACCAAUCACUUCAAGGCUGAAGCUCUGAAGAAAGCAGGUGUGAAGGUGGACCCACAUAAGAAGCAGUUGCACAUGACCCUGGCCUACCAGUUCAACACCUCACAUCACGACGUCCUGGAGAAGCUGUCCAAUGAGGUGGACAUCAAGGCUGCUGCCCGCUGGGAGCUCAGGCUGUACUCCAGAGAUCCGAGGGCUGCAAAAACAGAGGUGUUACGUGUCCUGUACUCCCACACUCCUCGGGCGCAGGACGAGCUGGAGCUUAUCCCGGACGACUACAUCUUCAUGUCCUCUGCGGACAACCGGGCAGGGAGCAACGACGGCUGGUACAAGGGCACGUCCCACCAGACGGGCCUGACAGGAAUGUUCCCGGGGAACUACACAGAGAAGGCACCGGAGUCAGAUACAUGGACAGUGCACAGAGUGAUUCCCCUCACCAAGUCGUUGAGCUCCAACCAAGCCUUGAUCAACCUGGACAACAAGGUUCCCAGUCCCCCCACCCCGCUUGGAGCUGACGAACGCCGCUCCAGCCAGUACAAGACUCCGGAGGGCCUCCUACAACAGUCAGAAGAGGAGGCGUCCAAAUAUGCAAACCUCUUUAAGCUCACCAAGACACCAGCCCGAUCCAACAGCAUUCCCCUGGCCGCGACGACCGAUCUACCCAGCCAGCCAAGGAGGCUGUUUGUGAUACGGCACGCCGAGAGGGUGGACAUCACUUUUGGCCAGCAGUGGCUUCAGCACUCAUUUGACGUCAACGGAAAGUACAUCCGGAAGAAUCUGAAUAUGCCGAAGAGGGUCCCCAUUCGGGCAGGAGGGUCACAGGCAUUUAACAAAGACCCCCCGAUCACUGAAGUCGGCAAGUUCCAGGCUAGACUAACUGGUGAAAGCAUGAGGGAAAACGGCAUCGUCAUAUCUCAUGUGUACUCCUCCCCUGCCUUGCGGUGUGUGCAGACGGCCCAGGCUGUCAUAGAUGGGCUGAAUUCUCUGGAACCCCUCAAGAUCCGAGUGGACACGGGGCUGUUUGAGUGGCUGGCGUGGUGCAAGGGCGCGCUGCCCAAGUGGAUGACCCUGGGCGAGUUGGAAUCCCACGGCCUGAAUGUGGCACUGACCUACAAGGAGAUGAUCUCUGCCUCCGACCUCAACCUGCAGGAGAACUGCCAGUCGUACUACAAGAGGGGGGACACACUGCUGAGACGAGAGAUCAAGGAACAUCCCAAAGGUGAUAUCCUGAUCGUCGGCCAUGCCAGUAGCCUGGACGGGUGCACACGAUACCUGCAAGGCCUGUCAGCCAGGCCGGCAUUGGAGUUCUCCAAAAUAGUACAGAAGAUCCCGUACUGUGGCGCGGUGGCCCUCCAGGAGUACCAGGAUUUUGGGAUCUGGGACCUCAUCACCCCGCCUUUUGCUACGCUGACGCACGCCCCCAACGGCCGCUUCGACUGGCACAUUAUGCAAGGAUGAAACCAGCUUGGCCACAUUGAAGCAUAGUCUUUCAUCAAAUGCCUUGUUAGCUGAAUAUACUUGUAUGCAUUUUGUACAUAUCUAUGCUCUGAUAAAUGUCAACAACAGAAAAUUAUAUAGAGUUGGAAAAAGGAGAAUUUUUAAAAAAGGAAUUGACACGAAUGCCAGUGAUUUGUUUUAUUUGCAAAAAAGUGGUAAAAUCGCUUAGUUAAUUGGAGUCUUUGACCACCAGAAGAAGGUUUGUGACUUUUCUGAAAAGAAAAAGCCAGGAAAUACGUAGAUUAGAUCAUAGUCAAUUGGUCACGAGCGGUGUACAUUUAGGCUGAUGACGGACUUGUAAGGUAAGACAAGAUACAAGACCGGUUACAGGACCAGUAUACAAGGCCAGACACAAGACCAGGCACUAGGCCAAACACAAGUGUCAGUGUGAACAAUGACAAUGGAGUUCUUGUUUAGGUUGUGGCUUGACUAAGACUGGGGGUCUUGUGUUGGUCUUGUGAAGGCCUUACGUGGUCUCGACUACAAACAGUUAUCGGGAAGCACAUUAUUCAGAGGCAGUGGACGAGUGGUCAAGCUAAAGUUCACACCCAAACUGACCCCAUUAAUGGGGCACCACCUUCAGUGGGUAUCUACUCAACCCGUGUCUGUAUUGGUCUGGAGAGGGAUGUCAGAUUUCAACGGGCUGGGAUGACAAGUGGGCAGUGAGGGUUGGAAGAUGUUGGAACUGAGUGAUGUAUAAGAGUGAUCCUAAAGAAACAAAUUAGAUGAAAUAAAUGACAUAUGUCACAGGAAAUGGAGAGUGUGCGGAACAAGAUGGAACAAAGAAAGAAAUCUAUGCUUAAAAUGCAUAAAAAUAAGAUGAAUGAAAUAAGACGAGCACCUGGGAAUAGUGACUCGCUACGUUCUUUUUAUGGUAUCAUCUAAGUAAUGAAAUAUUAGAUCGAGCUUUAUGGCAGUCAAGAGUUUUAAUCUGCAGACACUUCAGGUAGUUUGAAAAGCAAAAUCCAU